AUGUCAUCGCCAUCGGCCGGUGACGCGGAAGGCGACAGAGCGCACCCAUCCUGGGAACCACGGCAGCGGAGGCAGCGGCUACGCCGGAACUUGCUGGUACUCAGCGCCUGCUCGUUUCUGAUCAACUCGGCGUUCUUAUCGUUAAGCAGCCUCCAGACAAGCGUGCUCAACGCUGAGAGUGGUCUAGGUACUGUGUCGCUGAGUGCCAUCUGCUCUUCGUUUGUGCUCUCGUGCUUGUUUCUCGCGCCCUUCUUCAUCAGCGUGGCAGGUCUGAAGGUCACCAUCGGUGCCUGCACUCUCCUAUACACACCCUAUUUUAUCGCCAACUUCUACCCGCAUUGGGUCACUGUGCUUCCCACCUCGUUCGUGCUAGGCUUCGGCGCUGGGCCUCUGCAUACGGCCAAUAGCGCAUACGUGGCCGAGCUGGCAACCCAAUACGCGGGCCUGCACCACCAGAACGCGAACGCCGUAGUGGGGCGUUUCUUCGGAGUCUUCCUCAUGUUCAGCCAGUUGUCCCAAGUAUUUGGAAACCUGCUCUCCUACGUGAUUCUGGGCACUGGCGGCGGUGGUGGCGUGAGCCACGGGUCAAACGGUGACAAGCGAACCGCCUGCGGGGUCAACUUCUGCCCGCAGUCUGCGCUGCCUACAAACCUGACGGCUCCGUCAGUGACAAGCAGAUUUCAGCUCUGCGUAGUGUACACGGCCUUCGGUUGGAUAGCGGCUCUCGUGGUUUUUCUCCUGUUGGAUCCUCUGGAACGCAAAGUACAGUGCCAGGACAGAGCAUCAUUAGACUUAAUGCUGCUUACGAUGCGUCAUAUGAAAAAUCCCUACCAAAUUUUCAUUGUUCCCUUGACCAUCUUCACUGGACUGGAGGUCGCCUUCAUCGCCGACGACUUUACAAGGGCGUACAUCACGUGCUCCUGGGGCGUGGGCUACGUCGGUCUUUUCUUGGCAAGCCUCGGUGUUACCGGUGCUCUUUUUUCGCUGAGCUUCGGCUCGCUACUCCAUCUAACGGGCCGUCCACAGAUGGUGUUACUCGGCGCCGUAGUUAACGUGGCCAUGAUCAUCCUGAUGCUCAGCUACGAAACAAGCUACCUCCUCUUGGUCCUUCUGGUCGCUUCAGGUAUCUGGGGCAUCGCCGAUGCCGCAUGGACCACACAUAUCGUUUCCUUCUACGCGGUGGUCUUCUGGCAGACCCCGGAAGCGGCAUUUGCUAGCUGCCACUUGUGGCGCUCGGUGGGCACCAUCGCGGCCCUGGGCUACAGCAACCUGGUGUGCACCGACACCAAGCUGUACAUCCUGCUCGGCGUGCUUACGGUGGGCGUGGCGGGCUACUUCGCCGUCGACGUGGACGUGAAGCGGGCCACGACGGCCGUCGUGCCCCGGGCGACGACGGCCAGCGCCACGGUGGGCUCCAUCAUGAGUGCCCCGGGCCUGCCCUUGGGAGCCAGCGCCAGCUACGCCGUGGACGGCGCGACGGGCAUGCCUCUGGUCAUCCCCGCCCUCUUGACCUCCGCUUCGAAUCCACUGGUGGUGCGAUGACCCCCUAGCGUACAGCCCCUGCCGUCGGCUGUGUGUGGGGGUCUGUCGAACCGGCGAAUAAACAACUGGGCAGCUCGAGGGAAGUAGUUUUGCGGUGAACUUGCAGGUUGACCCAUCUCGCCGCUCUUUGGUCUGCGUGGUCUAAAACAGCCGCCUGACCAUCGUUUGCAACUGUAUCGUGCGGAAACUUAAGCGCUAGGAAUA